AUGUCGCUGUAUCCAGAGCUUAGCUUCAAUGUGGACCAUGGGUACUUGGAGGGGCUGGUACGAGGACUGAAGGCUGGGAUACUGACUCGGUCCGACUACCACAACCUGGCCCAAUGUGACACACUAGAGGGUAAGCUGAGGUCUUUGUAUCGUGGAAAGUUUUGUUUACCAAUUAUGUUCUAUAACCCACUGUGUCAGUUGCAGUGUUUGGUUUUAGGUAUAGUUUGCAAUUACACAGAUAUCCAUAUAUUGAGUAAGUCAAGUGCAAUGCGAUGUUUUCACAUUGCGGUUUGCUUGAAUCCCGGCCUAAACUGUGGUAGAAUUGUGUGUGUGCGUGGGUGUGUGUGUACAUGGGUGCAUGUGUGUGUUUCUCCUCGUUAGUCAUCAUCAUCCGCCCCACACAAUGGAAGCGAGUUAUGGGCAGUUUGACGGGUUAAUUAUAGGCUUCAAAAUAGAGUGAUGAUGCCUUUCAGACAACCCAUAACUUUAAAGGUUAACUGGAAUUGACUGGAAUUACAGAUUUGAACAAACAAAAGCCAAUGUGACUUAUGAAAGACAUAAAACAUCCUUUCACAGUUUUACAUACAAAUAAAAUUACAUCGUUUCUAAAUGUGUCUUGAAAUAUUUAGGGGGGGGGGUGCUAUAAUGAAUAUUGCUAUACUUGGGGUGCUCAGUUUGUUAUUGGAGUGGCCAGCACCACAAAGCACCCUCAUGGAAUCAAUGGUUCAAUCUCCUGUCCACAUAUGACCUGUGUCUUUUAAUAAUAUCUCAAUGUAGACAUGAAGCUGCAUCUGCAGAGUACAGACUAUGGCAGCAUCCUGACCGCUGGGAAUGAGGACCUGACCGUGUCUCUCGUCGACCACAGACUGAAGGAAAACAUUCUGACUGAGUUCCGCUGCCUACGCGCUCACUCCCUACUGCCCCUCUCCACCUUCCUCGACUACAUCACGUAGGAGUGUUCCAAUAAAUCACUUCUGUCUUGCUAUCUGUCUGUCUAUCUCUGUCUGCCGGCAUCUCUACACCUUCCUUGACUAAGUACCUUCCUUGUAUGCCAGUAACCUUUUAGCCCCAAAUGUACUACACAUUUUUACAAAUCUGAAAUAUACGAAACACAUAGCAUUUGUACAUGUCUCACAUUAAGUAUUACUAGGGGUCACAUUUUUUACUUGUUCAAUACUUCAUCACACCAAGUUCAUACUGGCCCCCUGUGGGAAUUGAACCCACAACCCUGGCGUUGCAAGUGCAAAUGCUCUACCAACUGAGCUACAGGGGACCUUUUUCCCCCUUUUCCCCCCUUUUCCUCCUCUCCUUCCUCUUCCUGCAAUCUAUUUGGCCGUCACUGAAUAUUUUCUGGUGAUACAUGUAAAGUGUUGGUCCAAUGUUUCAUGAGCUGAAAUAAAAGAUCCCAGAAAUUUACCAGACGCACAAAAAACGUAUUUCUCUCAAAUUUCCUGCACAAAUUUGUUUACAUCCUUGUUAGUGAGCAUUUCUCCUUUCCCAAGAUAAUUUUACAUUUUAGUCAUUUAGCAGACGCUCUUAUCCAGAGCGACUUACAGUUAGUGAGUGCAUACAUUAUUUAAUUUUUUUAAUUGUUCAUACUGGCCCCCCGUGGGAAUCGAACCCACAACCCUGGUGUUGCAAACACCAUGCUCUACCAACUGAGCUACAUCCCUAAGAGAAUUUGUCAGUAUGUCCAACCGGCCUCACAACCGCAGACCACAUGUAUGGCGUUGUGUGGGUGAGCAGUUUGCUGAUGUCACCGUUGUGAACAGAGUGCCCCAUGUUGGCGGUGGGGUUAUGGUAUGGGCAGGUAUAAGCUACGGACAGAGAACACAAUUGCAUUUUAUUGAUGGCAAUUUGAAUGCAUACACAUACUGUGACAUACUGCCAUUCUUCCGCCGGUAUCACCUCAUAUUUCAGCAUAAUGGAUCGCUUCUACAGACAGUGAGUCACCUAGCAUUGGCUUGCUAUAUAAAGCAUACAGGCAUUCAGGCAUUCAGUUACUGUUCGAUUGAACGUUAGAAUGAGCAAAACGAGUGACCUAAGCGACUUUGAGCAUUGUAUUCUCGGUGCCAGGCGCGCCAGAUCCAGUAUCUCAGAAACCACCGCCCCCUUGGGCUUUUCUCACAUGACAGUGUCUAGGCUUUACCGAGAAUGGUGCGACAAACAAAAAACAUCCAGUCAGCGGCAGUCCUGUGGGCGAAAACAGCUCAUUGAUGAGAGCAGUCAAAGGAGAAUGGCAAGAACCGUACAAGCUAACAGGAAGGCCACAAACAGACAAAUAAUGGAGCAGUACAACAGUGGUGUGCAGAAUGGCAUCUCGGAACACACAACUCGUCGAUCCUUGUCAAGGAUGGGCUAUUGCAACAGACGACAACACCGGGUUCCACUCCUAUCAGCUAAAAACAAGAAGAAGCCGCUCCAGUUUUCUAAAUCUAGCAGCCUUUUUUCUGAUGUUUCUGGAAAAACAUUGCCUGGAACAUGACAGCGAGUUCAGUUUACUUGAGUGGCCUGCGCAGCCUGAAUUCUUUGGGGCAUUCUACAAGGUGUCAGAAACAUUCCACAGGGAUGUUGGUCCAUGAGAUGGAACGGGCUGUUUGCAGUAUGAAUGAACGUUUCUGACACCUUGUAGAAUGCCCCGAAGAAUUCAGGCUGUUCUGGAGGCAAAGGAGAAGAGACCGCUUGAAAUUUCAGCCUGCUUUGGUGGGAUGGAGUUUUAGCCGGCCUGGUGACAUCACCAGGCAGUAAAUUAGUUAAUAGACCAAUAAGAAGGAGAGUUCCAAUCCUCUCUAGCAAUAACAGCUAGUUUCAGUUUUCUCCUCCCCACUCCCAGACAGUCCUAGCAAAAUUCUUGCUUGAGAAAUUGCUAUUUUCUAAGAAGCUAUUUUUAUUUUUUUAUUACCAUUUUAAUCGAAAACAAUCACAGUAAGGUACUUAAUUGUUACCCAGUAAUUAUUUGAUAUUGAGAUAAAAACGGCUGCAUUGGACCUUUAAGUAAAUCAGGUGAUAAAUAAGGUGAAAAGUGGACUGGAGUGCGACUUUAAAGCUUAGUAGUCGGUAUGAGGAUAUUCGAACAGUACUGUAGCAAUGUUUGAAUGUUUCUCAAAUGUAUCCUUACCUUUUCCCUUCAUUGAGGUCAUCACUGAUCUGUAUGUGAUUGGAUAAGUGAAGGCAAUAUUUCCAUCAUAUCACGUCCACCCAUCAAAACUUAGCAGAUCAAUGGUUAAAAUCGGGGAAUUACGGAAGGAUGGAAGGAAUUACGAAAGGAGGAAAAGGAAGGAAUCAUUUGAAAUGAAAUGGAACUAGGUCCACAUUCUCUCCCCUGUCUGUCCUUAUCUCUUCCAUGUUGCAGCUACAGUUACAUGAUUGACAACGUGGUGCUGUUGAUCACCGGUGCCCUGAAGCAGAGGGACGUGGCAGAGCUUCUGCCACGGUGCCAUCCACUGGGAAUGUUUGACCAGAUGGCAGCGGUUGGCAUUGCCCGCACCCCUGCUGAGCUCUACUGUGCCAUCCUGGUGGACACACCUCUGGGUAAUCACUAGACUACAGUGGGCAUAUUCUGUGGGCAUCAGUGGGCAUCUGUGCCAGUGGGACCUACUAAUAAAUAUUGGAUUGAAUAUCUAUAAUGUAAAUAUCUAUGAAAACCUUCUUUGAAUAUCUAGUGUAAUAUGAAUAUGAAAUCCAAAACAUGCUUCAUGAAUAUUAUGUUGACAGAAUAUAGCAAGCUCUUUCCUUGUUUUUGGAUUAUUAUCAUUAGGCUUCAUUAUUAAUAAGCUUUAAGUCAUUUAUUGACCAGAAUAUCCACGCACCUAGUUUUCUAGAUCGUACCGUAAGCAGUGCAUUAAAAGGCAGCAUGCUUGCACUAUUUAGAACUGAGUAGCCUUGUACUGAAGAGAGUAUACAAUAACUCAGAGGAUGGCGUAACAUUGCCUCCUGCUGCUCACUAGUAUCAACUGUGGCUAUUGCUAUGAAGGUUUAUGGAUGUGUCAGUGUUCUGAGUCUGGGUUUAUUCCCAUUCCAUUCACUCUCAGAAAAAAGGGUUCCAAAAGGGUUCUGUGGCUGUCCCUUUUGGGUUCCAUGUAGAACCCUCUGUGGAAAGGGUUCUACAUGGAACACAAAAAGGUUCUACCUGGAACCAAAAGGGUUCAACCUAGUAACAAAAAGGGUGAUACAAAGGGUUAUCCUAUGUGGACAGCCGGAGAACCGUUUUAGGUUCUAGAUACACUCUUUGAAAAAUAGUUGCUAUGUGUGCUACUUUGUCUUUUCAGCUCCGUUCUUCCAGGAUGCUGUGUCUGAGGCCAACCUGGAUGAGAUGGGUGCUGAGAUCAUGAGAAACAAACUGUACAAGGUGAUGUGGCAUCAAAUCAAUUGAAUGUAAAAUCAUCUCUGCAUUACCUCACACUUUGAGCACUACCAUACACAGGCAUGGAAUACAUCUGGUCUCCAAAUGUAAUGUAAGACAUACUGCUGUUGAUAGAGACUAGUGGAUCAGUAGCCCCUGUAGUCUCCUAGCCAACCAGGCUUCAUCAUGGCCAUGGUGGGAGGUGGUGGCACAGUGUCACGAUCGUUGAACGGAGUAGACCAAGGCGCAGCGUUGAAAGCAAACAUACUCUUUAUUUGUGAUUACCCGAACAAAACAACAAACGAUACGUGCAGUCCUACGGUACAAACCAAAAAGCACAAGAUCCCACAACCACUGUGGGAAAACAGCCUGUCUAAAUAUGGUUCCCAAUCAGAGACAACCAGCAACAGCUGACACUUGUUGCCUCUGAUUGGGAACCACUCUGGCCAACCUAGAAAUACAACUACUAGAAACAAAUGAAACUCACACCCUGGCUCAACAUACAAGUGUCCCCAGAGCCAGGGCGUGACAGUACCCCCCCCCUAAAGGCACGGACUCCGACCGCGCCAACUAAAUACCACAGGGGAGGGACCGGGUGGGCACUCCGCCUUGGCGGCGGAUCCGGCUCCGGGCCUGAUCCCCACUCCCUCUCCAACCCCCCAAAGUACCCCUGGUCCGGUCUGGCCCUGCUGGCCGGAGCUGGACUGCACACUGGUGGAGCGGAUUGCUCUAGCUCCGGCGUGAAGCAUCUGACCGGUGCCGGACCAGGCACCAGUGGAACAGGCACGGGCCGUGCCGGACUGACGACGCACACCACUGGCUUGGUGUGGGGAACAGGCAUGGGCCGUGCCGGACUGACGACGCACACCACUGGCUUGGUGUGGGGAGCAGGAGCGGGCCGGACCGGGCUGGCGACGCGCACCAUUGGCUUGGUGCGGGGAGCAGGAGCGGGCCGGACCGGGCUGGCGACGCGCACCAUUGGCUUGGUGCGGGGAGCAGGAGCGGGCCGGACCGGGCUGGCGACGCACACCAUUGGCUUGGUGCGGGGAGCAGGAGCGGGCCGGACCGGGCUGGCGACGCGCACCAUUGGCCUGGUGCAGGAAGCAGGAACAGGCCGGACCGGGCUGGCGACGCGCACCAUAGGCUUGGUGCGGGGAGCAGGAGCGGGCCGGACCGGGCUGGCGACGCGCACCAUUGGCUUGGUGCGGGGAGCAGGAGCGGGCCGGACCGGGCUGGCGACGCACACCAUUGGCUUGGUGCGGGGAGCAGGAGCGGGCCGGACCGGGCUGGCGACGCGCACCAUUGGCCUGGUGCAGGAAGCAGGAACAGGCCGGACCGGGCUGGCGACGCGCACCAUAGGCUUGGUGCGGGGAGCAGGAACAGGACGGACCGGGCUGGCGACGCGCACCAUUGGCUUGGUGCGGGGAGCAGGAACAGGACGGGCCGGGCUGGCGACGCGCACCAUUGGCUUGGUGCGGGGAGCAGGAACAGGACGGGCCGGGCUGGCGACGCGCACCAUUGGCUUGGUGCGGGGAGCAGGAACAGACCGGACCGUACUGGGGACACACACCACUGGCCCUACGCAGGGAUCUGGAACGGGCCGGACCGGACUGGUAACACACCCCAGUACCUCUCGCCGUGCCUCUACACCUUCCUUCCCCUCUUUGACCAGUGGCCCCCGUAACCUGGCGGCCUCCUCUGCCAACCCGCUGGGCCGCUCUAUCGCGGUCUCCUGCUGCCCCGUCGUCCACGGCGUUAGCCCCCCCCUAAAAAAUGUCUGGGCUUCUCUCCUACCCGUGGACCAGGUCUCCAUACUUUUCGCCAGCCUUUCGCCCUUCUGCUUCCACGUCAAGCCCCUCUCUUGCUCACCCGGCUUGACCCAGUCAAGGAGGCGCUGGAUAUCCGCCAGAGAUUUCCCUGGUGAUGGCUCCUGGACCCGCUGCUUGGUCCAGUUCUGGUGGGAUCUUCUGUCACAAUCGUUGAACGGAGUAGACCAAGGCGCAGCGUUGAAAGCAAACAUACUCUUUAUUUGUGAUUACCCGAACAAAACAACAAACGAUACGUGCAGUCCUACGGUACAAACCAAAAAGCACAAGAUCCCACAACCACUGUGGGAAAACAGCCUGUCUAAAUAUGGUUCCCAAUCAGAGACAACCAGCAACAGCUGACACUCGUUGCCUCUGAUUGGGAACCACUCUGGCCAACCUAGAAAUACAACUACUAGAAACAAAUGAAACUCACACCCUGGCUCAACAUACAAGUGUCCCCAGAGCCAGGGCGUGACACACAGGUUUGCUCUGGAGAGUAAAAGAAAAACAACAAAACAUUAGAAAACACCCACAACUGGGUGUGAUGUAAUGCUUAACAUUAAAUCAAUGAAAUACCUGCUCCAAAGGGGCAUUUUUGUCGACCCAUUUGUUGAGAGCUUUGUCCCAGACAAUCGGAGGGAGAGGACAAUAGGAGUAAGGAUCUAACCAUCAAUCAGGAGAUAAAAAUGUUUGUGUAAUAUAAAGAAGAUGAAUCUUGUGUGUCUGUGUUGAAUAGUAAGAAAUGGUUCCUUACCUCCUUUUUCUGAAGACCCAACUGAGCCAGCCUUGAGGCUGUCUGCUAGUCUGGGGUGUUGUGGUGGGAAGCCCUGCCACUGGCCCACUGUUCCUCUGGCAUGGAGAAUGUUCCAUGGGAAGAAGAGGUGAAGAUGGACCCUAAACCAGCCCAGAGAAGGGCACAGCUAUUGGGCUCAGAGGAGCCAGCAGGGAUGGGUCAGGCUUGGUGGUGGUGGAACCAGCCAUGAUGUCCACAUAUCUACUUGGAAAGAGAGUUGAAGACAGACCCUCAACCAGCGCAGAGAAGGGCAGAGCCAUUGGGCUCAGAGGAGCCAGCAGGGAUGGGUCAGGCUUAGUGGUGGGUCAGGCUUAGUACUCCUGACAUCUGUAACAAAAGGGAACAUUCUCAAGCCUUAUUGCUCAGAAAUAACCAGACUGAAUUAUUCUAGCUAACAGAAUGAGAAAAACAGAAUUCGCUCAACUCCAAGCACUUACGUUACUUGCUCCCACUAUUAUUGAAAAUAUGAAUCACCUUUGUUCCUGGCAUAGAAGCUGGGAGUGGAUGUUCGUAGAACAUGGUCCUGCUGCCACCAUGGUUCUACAGUUGGAAUUAUGGAGGGUGGUGGAGGAUGAUUGGUCUGGAAUAAACAUCAACAAACCAACUGAAAUGGUACUGUUGACUGAUACAAUACAUUUACAUUUUAGUCAUUUAGCAGACGCUCUUAUCCAGAGCGAUGCUUGAAGAGUGUAGAAUGAACACAAUGUAUUUACAGUAUGUACAUGUAUAUUGUAUGAUAUUUGAAUGCAUACAUACCAUUGGGGAGGUUCAAAUUGAGGUGGUCAAUGUACUGUUGAUGGAUGUAGCAGUUGUAAAUGAGUACAUUGGAACAUGGGCCCUGGGUAGAGGACCUUUCCCAAGUGAGGUCUGUAUAUCGUAGUAUUUUGCUCCAGGAAGGGCCAACUUUAAUCUUAGGUAAAAUAGUAAUUUAGGGAGGUGCGGCUUCCGUUAGCCUGGGAACCAUUUUGGUCCAUGGAGAUCACAGGGUCAUUGACCAGUUGAGCACCUCCUUCUAGGAGGGACCAGAUAUCAUCUGUUGGUUUCACACAGGUUGAAAUGUCACCAUCAUGCCUGCAGGAGGUUCGAUACUCUUGUUGCUGGGAGGUCUGUUGGUCAUCCUUCUUGGUACCAUUGUCCAAGGAGGUCAGAGGGUUGUCCACCAGUGGAGCAGGGAGCAAGGAGGUCCAAAUGUAAUCCACUGGAACUGUUGGUUCCAAGGAGGCUGGGAUUCCAUCUGCCAGUAACCUUUGGUUGUUCCAGAGUUUGGUUGUACUGUGAAGAUGGUUGGUCUAGCAGGGGAGCUUGUUGUUCGAGGGAGGUCUGGAUUACACCCACAACUGGAGCUGUUUCCUCAAACAAGGCCGGGAUCUCAUCUGCCAGCAGAACCACUUCCUCCAUGGAGAUCAAAACGACAGGAACCUGUAGAUGUUCUUGGUCCAGAGUCUGAGUAGAUGGUUGGUCUGGAGUCUGAGUCUUGUUGUCCUGUGGAGAGGGUUGGUCCAGAGUAUGCUUUUCCUCUACCAGGGUAGAUGGUUGCUGGCUGUCCUAGCCAGGCUGUCCUAGCCAACUGUAAUGAGAGAGCUCAGUAUUCCAAUUUAUUUGUGUUGAUGUCAUAAUCAGUGGCUUAUGACAUCAGGGUCCCAAUUCUUUCUAAGGUCAUGACAUCACAGUGAAAGUGUCUGUGAGACCUGAGAAAGCCAUUACUAUCAAUACAUUUAAAAAAGAAAACAAAAGUAAAAGAAUAGAAUAUAAAAACUUUUUUGGAGUGGUCUAAUAGACAGAAUCUUAACCUUUAUACAGAGCUAGGAAUGAGUAUUUUCCGCUAGUGUUAUGAUUGGCUGUGAUAUUCGCCUAUUGAUUUAUCCCGCUUGAGCGGCAUCUGUUGUCAAAAUGGAAAAGCAGUUUUAACUUUCUGGCUGUGUUAUCUAGUGGAAAUCGGGUCAAAUGGCCAAUGUAGAAAUCACUCUGUAAUUUCUUGGUUGCUAAAAUUCUACAAUUUCAGUUUAUGUGAGAAAACAAGCACUGAAUAGUGUAGGGAAUCAUUGUACAAUCUAAAUCUCUGUGAAAUACUGUAUCUUUUAAAUAACACAAUUGUACAGCUAUUUGAAGCUGGUGGGCCAAAAGUAAAAGGCUCAAGCGCGAGUCAUUUAGCUCUUAUCCAGAGUGACUUACAGUUAGUGAGUGCAUACAUUUUCAUACUGGCCCCCUGUGGGAAACGAACCCAAAACCCUGGCGUUGCAAGCGUCAUGCUCUACCAACUGAGCUACAGUUGCCAGAGACUGCGGAGAAGGGGAGAUUUGUUUUGAAUGUAACCUAUUGCUGUUGCAAUUCACCUACCUUCCACAUAGGAGAGAAAUUCUGAGAUUAUAUGUGUAGCACCUUUAACUCCAAAAAUAUCAAUACCAUUACCAGAGUUGUUUUAACACAAAAUGGGGGUGGGACCAUAUAAACCACAAAAUAGUGUUACAUUUGACUCCAUGGGAGUUGAAUUAACUCUUGCGAUUCAACUUAUUUUCAUGACUGUGAUUAUGUUUAUCACUUACCAUUAUAAUUGAGAAAAGUGAAUAAAAGAAACAGAAAAGUUAGUUUCAAUGGGUUAGAUCUGAAAGUGUCUUUUAAUUUUAAACAGGCUUAUUUGGAGGCAUUCUAUAAAUUCUGUCAGGAGAGUGGAGGAGCCACAAAGAACAUCAUGUGUCCUAUCCUGGAGGUAUUGUAAACCAUUCUUUCAUCUUACCUGAGAUAUUACCAGUUACAGUUUGAAUGAGUAUUUUUAUUGUGUGUGUCUGUGUGUGGUUUUAGAGUGUAUGUGUACUGUAAACUUAUACUGCAUGUGAUACACUCUCUGUGUAUCUGUACUCUAUUUGUUUUUUACCUUUAUAUGUGACUUUUAUCUGUCUCUUUUUCUCUCUCUCCGUCUGUCUUUUAAAUGUGUGUAUGUGUGUGUGUGUUUGCCAGUAAGCUUCUAUGUGUUACCCCUGUGCAGGUAUUUGUGGUUUACUUCCUGUGUGUGUGUUGCAGUUUGAGGCCGACCGGCGUGCGUUCAUCAUCACAGUGAACUCGUUCGGGACAGACCUGAGUGGGGGGGAGAGGAGCGCCCUGUACCCCUCCUGUGGGAGACUGUACCCUGAGGGGCUCCGUCUCUUGGCCAGGGCAGAGGACUACGAGCAGGUCAAAGCUGUGGCUGACUACUACCCUGUGAGUUUGAAAGCAAUGGAAACCCAAACUGGGCAUUACUUAUAGGACAACGCUAGACAGUCCCUCCCUGUUUCAGAGUUCUUCUGUUCGGUGCCUAAUGAACACAACCCCAAUCAGUUGGACUACUGUACAAUUAAAGUCAGAUUUAUAAUGCAGGGUUUAACUUGACUCGAGAAUUAGACCAUUUCUUCUUUCAUGGACUUCUGAAUUAUUAUUUUUAUUUCUAUACUCUCUGUGCUGCUGUGAUUUGUAUGACUACCCUGUUUAUGCAGUGAAUCGGACUACUACAGCCUGGUUUAAGCUUACUACAGUGCACUGAGUAUGAUAGUCUGAUACUGUGUUGUAAUAGAUAUAUCAUGUCAUAUUAUAGUUAUUAUGUCUUAUUAGUUGAUGUGAUUUUAUAUCCUCCAGAACUAUAAACUCAUCUUUGAUGAACCUGAGGCAGAAUCCUCCAGAACCCUGGAGGACAGAUUCUUUGAGCGGGAGGUAAGACAAAUGUCAUUAAGUAUUGUACAGCCUGUAUACAAUAAAUUCAGACUGAGGAUGUGGUCUGUAUGCACAUAUUCUCUCUCUCUCUCUCUCUCUCUCUCCUCUCUUCUCUCUCUCUCUCUCUCUCUCUCUCUCUCCUCUCUCUCUCUCUCUCUCUCUCUCUCUCUCAUUUCUCUCUCUCUCCUCUCUCUCUCUCUCUAUCCUUUCUCUCUCUCUCUCCUCUCUUUCUCUCCUCUCUCUCUCUCUCUCUCUCUCUAUCAGGUUCAGCUGAACACUCUGGCCUUUCUGGAGCAGUUCCAUUUCGGCGUGUUCUACUCCUACAUCAAGCUGAAGGAGCAGGAGGCUCGCAACAUCAUCUGGAUUGCAGAGUGUGUCACACAGAGACAGAAGUCUAAGAUCGACAACUACAUCCCCAUCUUCUAA